CCACAUUGUCAUUUCCCCACAAGUAGGAGGAUUCUGCAAAAAUUCUAGAUCCUUCUUAACCCCGAAGCAUCCAGACCUCUCUCUCUCUCUCUCUCUCUCUCUCCAUUUCUGUAUUUCUUCCUCGCUCCAUUUCCGCCUCCUACCCCUGCACUCUCUCUCGGCAAUUUUUUCUGUAUCUACUUUCUAUCUCUGUCCAAACCAAUGGCGAAGUACGGAGAAGGCGACAAGCGGUGGAUCGUGGAGGAGAGAGCCGACGGAGCCAACGUCCACAACUGGCACUGGGCGGAGAAAGACUGCCUGGAAUGGUCCCGAACCCUACUGUCCAAGCUCCUCUCCAACCUCACCCUCCUCGAAGGCGAAGGUGGUCUCUUCAUCAAGACCAAGAACGUGGACAAGGUGGACGGCGAGGCUUACGUCAACAUCCGGAAGGGCAAGAUCAUACCCGGCUACGAGAUCUCCGUCACCGUCUCCUGGGAAGGCGAGGCUAGAGACUCCGACGGCAAAUCUUUGAUUAAUGUUGAAGGGGCGGUGGAGAUCCCAUACAUCGCCGACGAGAACGCUGACGAGGACCCGGAGUUGAGAGUUACGGUCAGGGACGAAGGACCUCUCGGCAAGAGACUGAAAGACGCGCUCUUGGCGAAGGGCAAGCCGGUAAUUUUGGAGAAAGUUAGGGUUUAUGUGGAAGCUAUGUCGAUGGGAGGGCCGGCGAAGGACGAAUUGGAGGUGAAAAAGACCCAAUCUUCCGUCGACAAGUCUGCGGCGGCGGCGCCGGCAUAUCCGGCGGCGAAGAAAGAGGUAAAGAAGGAGGAAGCAAAGAAGGGGACGAAGAAGGGGUUCAAGACGAUUUCGGUGACAGAGAAGUUUAGCUGUAGGGCUAGGGAUCUCUACGAGAUACUGAUGGAUGAGAAUCGUUGGAAGGGAUUUACGCAGAGUAAUGCGAAGAUAAGCAGGGAAGUUGGUGGGGAGUUCAGUAUUUUUGAUGGGUCGGUGACGGGGAUGAAUGUGGAGUUGCAGGAGGCCAAGCUGAUUCUUCAGAAGUGGCGGUUCGCUAGCUGGGUUGAUGGUGUUUUCUCCAUGGUCCGGCUUGCUUUUGAUGAACCAGAGCCUGGGGUUACUGUCAUCAAGCUGACACAGACUGAUGUUCCAGAGGAAGAUAGAUAUGGGAAUGCUACUGUGGUGGAGAACACCGAAAGAGGAUGGCGGGACCUUAUCUUCCACAAGAUACGAGCGGUCUUUGGUUUUGGAAUAUGAUUCCUUUCAUGGACAAAAAUUUUAUGAGAUUGUAGAAUUUUCAUCAUGAGCUCAUCUUUCAUUUUAAUUAAUCCCUGCGAUUCAAAUGGGAAAUCUUAUUUUAAUUUUAUAAAUGGGCUGUGAUGAGUGUUGCGGAUGCAUUGUGUUUGGAAUACCAGUGGAUCAGUUGUAUACCCUUCAUUGCCUUGUGCUUUUAGUAAUCCACUGGACUCUUCUAACUCGUCA